UCAGUUUUGGCUAUAGACAUGUGUUCCCAGCUUUUCUUUUUUCAAUAUUACAGAUUGUCCGAGCAUUUCCUGGAUCCCAAAACUCAUACACAAAGUUCUUGGGGGCUGAUUCCUUUGAGAGAGAGAGAGAGACCAGCAAGGGUUAACUUCAGCAGACUUGUGUUCCCUCCCGCUCCUCCUCAUGACGUUAUACCACUCACAGUUUGGUCGGCUGAGGCCAAGCUGGAGCCAGAGAGAGGAGGGACUGACUCGUGGUGGUUCGUGGCUGCCUUUGGUGACUCCUCGCUGGGCAGUUAUUUGCUCCGGGCCGGCCUCUUCGCUCCAUGGGACUCCAGAGCUGGACAUCUGCCGUACCUCUGUCCCCUAUGGCCUGCCUUCAAGUGGAGACCCCCCCAAUCUGCAGGGGCAAGUUCAAAACAGUUCUCCAGUUGUGUCUGCAGCAGAGACGAACUCGAGAGCAGCUGGUUGAGCAGGGCAUUAUGCCACCCCUGAAAGCCCCAGCUGUUUUUCAUGAGCAGAUCCGCAGCCUGGAGCGAGCGCGGACUGGGACUUUCCUGAAGCAUAAACUGUGCAGUCGACCUGAGCGCUCUGAGCUGGUCCGGAUGCACAUCCUCCAAGAGACCCAGGCAGACUCAUCGCUCCAGGCUGCACAGCUGAGACUGAAGAAGGCCAGACUCGCUGACUCUCUGAAUGAAAAGAUCUCCCAGCGACCAGGGCCCAUGGAGCUGGUGGAGAAAAACAUCCUACCUGUGCAAUCUGAGGACAAAGAGGCUGGGAAUGGUGAUGAACUGAGCAACAUUAAGACCCCAGAUGUGUACAGCUUCGAUGAGGACAGUAGUGAUGGCUCCUCUCCCGGCAGCCAAAAGUCUGACAGCUCCACGUCUUCAAGAGAAAGUGGGGAUAAAGAAAGUGCACGAUCGCCUGCCUGCAACUCCCACAAACAGUCUUCACCCAAGCCCCAGUCAAUUGCCGAUGUAUCACAGAGCAGCGAGAAACAGAACUAUUUUCAAAUUUCAUCUUCUCCAACGACGGCAUUGGUUCAUAACAUCACACCAGGUCCAGUUUUGGUCAAGCAAAGCCUUUCCAGAACCGCAGGUGAGAAGAGUCGCAGUAAAAAGAGCAGAGAUCCGAAGCCGCGCGUGAAGAAGCUGAAGUAUCAUCAGUACAUUCCUCCACAUCAGAAACAGGAGCACGACCCAGUGCCCAUGGACUCUGCGUACGCCCGUCUCCUAGAGCAACAACAGCAGUUUCUACAGCUACAGAUUCUCAGCCAGCAACAGUUCAGCUACAGCACUGUCCAACCACCAGCUAUCAAGCAGACGUCUGAAGUACAGAGCAGCUGUUGCAGUGGAAAUGUGACAUCUUUAAAUCUUGUACCAAACCAGACCAAUCACAAGUCAGAGCUGCCAGCCAAUCUGGAGGACAUGAAGGUUGCUGAACUAAAGGCAGAGCUCAAACUCCGCUCUUUACCUGUUUCUGGGACAAAGAUAGAUUUGAUCGAGAGACUUCGGUCUUACCACGAAAACCGCAUGGACAUACUCAGCCCUCCUGUGUCGCCUAUCGCCACCAAAGUGUCCAAACUGGGCCUGAAAGACAGUGUCCCAUGUGAGACCCCGGACUGUCCCGGUGAGGGGCCUGAGGAGGGGGACAAGGACCAGCGCUUGUUUGAGAAAGAGCGACAGAUUGAGGAGCUGAUGAGAAAGUUGGAGCAGGAGCAGAGGCUGGUGGAGGAGUUAAAAAUGCAACUGGAGGUGGAGAAGAGAUUUCAGCAAGGUGAUUCCCCACCCCCUGUACCCUGCCCUGCUCUCAUUCAGGUCAAACAGGAAGUAGUUACACCUUUAAACUGCUCCGGGACGUCCAGCCUGUGUCCUGUCCCGCCCUCUGGGGUCAAACAAGAGGUCAUACAGAGGAGUAUUGUGCAUCCCGUCCUAAUGUCCAUGAACUUACCCAAUCCAGGGUCGUCUUCUCCAGGACUACUGCAGAAUACAGGACCAAACACCAAAGUCUCUGCUCAGUUACAGCAGCAUGGCACUGCUCAGAAGGCGUGGACAGAUGCAGCGGUCCUGACCACGUUCUCCUCCAACCAAACAUCUGCAGACAAGGUCCACAAUGAAGCAUCUUUACUUCUAUUGCCACACAAGUCCAAAGACCCUCCUCGCUAUGAAGAAGCUGUUAAACAGACACGCGGCUUGAUCUCACAGUGUCCGUCUGUCUCGAGUCAGCAGAUGGAUGACCUUUUUGAUGUGCUCAUUGAAACUGGAGAGAUCCUACCCUUUGUCAAACCAGAGCCUCACAGCCUGGAUCAGCCUCUCCCUGUCACUGCCAGUGUUACCACUCUGCCAAUAAACACAGUGUUUUGUCGCCCCCCGGCUGUGGUCCAAGUCGCUCAGCCCCCCCUCCUGUCAGCGCAGUCCCUUGCCCACAAGCAAACAGAAGCACUGCAUUCGCCCUUGCACAGUAUUCACAUGGAGUUUGAGGAGAACACUUCAGAUUCACACAUCCAGAAUGAAGACAGCAUGGACUGGCUGGACCUCACAGAUAUGUCCGCUCACGUGGGCAUCUUUGCCUCAGACUUUUUAGACUCAAAUGAAAUGCAGUUGAGCUGGGAAUAGGACGGUAACCCACAUGCAUUCCCUUUUGUCAAAUAGACCAAAAUACUUACCAAGGUACUUUUAGGAAAUGUGUACUUUUUAAAACUGUGCAAUAUGUAACUUUUGUGGUGGUGUGUCUGCCACCUACUUGUCUCUAAUGGAGAUGUUAUUGCUUUGCAUAUAAUGUCUCACAGGAUGGCAUUAAACUUUUCUCCAUAAAGACAAGCAGGUGAUGUCAAUAGGCCAAGUUAGAGAUCAGAUCUGUGGAGAGGCAACCCCGCUCACAGUAAGUAAGAAAGCUGUUUUUUGUAUAGAUAUUUCUCAACACUAAAAACAUCUGUAAUUAAAUAAAUGCACCAUAGAUAUUUUUAAUGCCCCACUGUGAAUUUUUUUUAGGCAAAGCAAUGACAUCUCUACGGUGACAAGCUGGUGGCAGACGCUGCAACCAGAAAAAGUUACAUAGUGCAUGUUUAGCUCUUACUCUAAAAUGAGCAAUACUUCAUAGGAGUGGUACUGGACAAGAGAACUAUGAGUAAUUAUGAUAAGAGACAUAUUUCUGUAUGGCUUUUUAGCACACAUGUAUGCAUCUGUCUCAUUGUAUAUGCAUCAGUUUCUUUGGUCCAUUUUUCAACCUGUUUUAAAUAUAGGGUAAGCUUAUUCAUCAGUGGACCAGCGUUUGCACUUUUUUGCACUAAAAGCUUCAUUUGUACCUUGAAUAGUCAUCUCCCAUUUUUGAAUGCAAGAUUUUCAAGAUGGUGGAUUGGACAUUACUGUAUGAACAUUCCAGGCCACCUCUGACCACAAACCUCCUUGUCUGAAACCACCUCCAGCUGUUUUCCAAUGGCAUCUGCAGCUCGCAUCAAAUCAGCUCAAGACUUUCACUAAUGAAGCUGUGGUCCGUUUGUCAUCACUCUUUUCCUGACAGCGCUUUGGGAGUCAGAGGUGGCACUUUGAGAGGGAACAUGUGCUGGAAAGAAGACUAUAAAUUUUGCUCGACACCAAAAUGUAUUGUAUUGCAUAAUGUCUGUAUUUUAAUGUAUGACCUAUUACCUUUUAUACAAAUGUGUAAACACGGCUUACUACUUGAGCAUCUUUCAUAUGCUUUAUACUCUUAAGUGCUUUACAUUAAAAGCAGAAUAUUUUCCAUUUGUUCCAUUUUGAAAUGCAGACCAAAAAUACCUAUUAACACUAACAAUUAGUUACAUAGUUAGCUAUACUUUAUACCUUCCUUAUUCAUGGGUUUUAGCUUGCUGUUAUAUGGUGCCAUUCUGAGGAUGUUUGAACAUUCAAAAGAUGUAAUGUCGAGUUUGGAAUUGUCAAUUGCUAUGGCAACAGUUCUAACUUUUCAUUAUUCCGAAACACUGUGGAUAGUCCAGCUUAAUUACAAGUUAGGAAUUGAAAGAUACGAUCAUGUGUGGUCUAGACUAAGGGUGGCCAUGUUGAUGAUGAAAAUGGUGAUAAUAUGCUAUUUAAGGGAUAUGAUUUAGUGCUUCUCUGUUUAAUCCAGCUCUUUUCUCAAACACUGACAUUUUUGGUCAGCCUCCAUUAUGCUCAGAGUGAGUGACAGAUUGUUUUAACCAAUCACAAUGCAAUUUUCAGAAGCAGAAAACAGCUUUAAUUGCCUCUCCAAGAAUGUACAUGAAUCAUUAUCACACCUUAAAUAGUGAUCUAGGCUCUUAGAAAACAAUUGUAUGUUUGUAUCAUAUAACCCACCCCUCCAGAUGUCUCUACUGUAAUUUGUUACACACAACACUUAAAAUGUAAUAUUUUGUAUUUACAUAACAUAUUUUUAAGCAGUGAUAUAGUAAAAAAUAAUUACAAAAAGCUAAAUGAAAAAUACUUGUUCAUUGAUUAAGGUUUGGCAUCCGCACACCCCAUUUCUGCCUUUAAAGUUUCUUCACAGUGGAGAUCGACGUGUUACACAUGGGACAUUUGUGUAUCGUCUUUUUGAAGCUGUUCAAACAAAAGGGAAGUAAACAACAACCAGCAACACACCUAAAGCAAAUUCAAUAUCCUGUUAGACAUCACUGUAUUCAUCUAUGCAAAACAGUUAAGUGGGUGGUUACAACAUACUUACCCCAUCAUGGCUGUCAUCAUGCAGGCUAACCAAGUAAUGCUGCUCACAGUCGUGGUUGUCUUUGUGGUAAUAAACUGUGAGCACUCUGGGCACUGAGUUUUGGUUGGCUUAAAUUGAAAACUGUUGUAAUCUAAUAAAACUGUAGGAGCUGUGUGGGAACAAGAAACUGUUUAAAUGACGAAAAAGUAAAAACAGACGUAUAACAUUACUUGCAAAGAAUAUAAUAUUAUAGAGAAAUAAAUCAUACCAUAACUCU